GCACUCUGAGCCAUUUACCAAUCUGCAAGCCGUCCAGCAGCUGGCACGCGCCUCCACCGCAGAGUUACAUCACAUCUCCACCCCGCUUUGCUUUGAGCCCUCCGCCCUUUCCACCGCGCGCAUAUGCUGACGCGGGGGAUGAAGCUCUUUCGUUUAGCUGUCCUAGCAUGCCUCCUUGCAGCGCCGCUAUCGACGUCCGAAGUGCUGGUCGUGCCUGAGGCCGCUUUUAGCGGCUCGCUCGCGCGUUCGGGAAGCGAUGGCAUCACCCGACAGAUGUAUGAGCUUGGUCUUGAUAUCGAUGGCAAGCCGGCCCAUCCGGCUGCAACCAUUGUGAGCGGCGACGACUCGUCGCUCGAUGGCAUCGCUCUGAGCCGCGCGACGACAGGUGGUCUGCUUAUUGUGGUUGGAAGCCCUGCCAACCUUCAUAAAACCAUUGGGGCGGCCUUUGAUGUCGGCUCGGAUGGUCGCCGCUGCGACUCUACGUCCAACGGUGGCUCGGUCACCCACGGCAGCAGGCCGAGGCUGCACGCUGCCGCCGCUACGCUCUUCGGCUCCGAGGACGCUCUGGAUGCGGAGUGGCCCCAGACACUCGAGGCGGUCGCGGUCACGCACUCCAUUGCCGCAUGCAACGUCGGCGGCGCCGUGACGCAGGUCCCGCUUUACUUCUCGCCCAGCGAUGGAAGCAUCGUGGCGGUGGCCUUCACCUCCGCCUCCCCCCGCAAGCGCACCGUGGUGUGGCUCGGCUACGACUGGGCGGCUGGGCCUCAGACGGCCUGGGGUGCCGUGCUGGCCAAACUCAUCGACACGCACGCCCUGCUGACCGCCACCUCCUCGGCGGCCGCUGCCUCCCUGUCCUCCGCAUCCUCCGCCACUGCCGGAGAGCCCAAGGUCGUGCACAUCACCACCACUUCCUCGUCCGCCGCCGCCUCCAACACCGGCUGCGGUAGCGGAACCUGUUCCCACAGCCACCUAGUCAUGGCCACCCUGGCCGCUGCCGCUUCGUCUUCCGCCGCAUCCGCCUCUGCCGCUUCGUCUUCAGCCUCUACCCUUGCGCACACCGGCGGCUCCGAGACCGAGUUCGCGGCUGAUGCAGCCAAGGAUGGUGAUGACGCUGCCGCGGAGCCCGUGUUGGUGGAUGACGCAGCCAUGGAUGCCGCCCUGGACUCCAUGCCGGAUGCUGUCAGCGAUCUGUCAGACGGCGUCAGCGAAGUGGUCCGCCGCAUGAUGGCGGCCACAACCGGCGCCGGCACGUACCCGGCCCCGCCCUCCCCGGAGCCCGCCUCCCCGGCGCCCCCCUCCCCGGCGCCCCUGACGCCCGCGCCGCCCUCCCCUCGGCCGCCCAAGCCCCGGAAGUCCCCGCCCUCGCCCCCCACCACGCCGCCCCCCCUGGCGCCCCCCUCGCCUCCCUCGCCGCCCGCCCCGCCCUCGCCGCCGCCCCCGCUGCCCCCCGGGCUUGCUGCCGAGGUCCAGGGUUACAACUCCGACACGAGCGCCCCGCCGGGCUUCAACAUCAGCGACACACUGUCGGUGCAGAACUUCAGCCGCGACUUCUGUGAGAAUGUCACCAGGGCCCUGGACCCGCGCCCGGAUGAGUGUGUGGUGUUCGACAUCAAGAGCCACGGCGGCGCCACGCAUCACCACCGCCUGCUGAGCGAGGCGGGCGCGCUGCGUGUGUGGGGCCCCGAGGACCUGGCAGCGGAGCACCCGGCCCUGGCCGCCGCCGGCAUGAGCCGCCUGGUGCACCUGCGCACCUACAGCGUGGGCGAGGCGGAGCUGGCGGCGGUGCGCGCCUGGGACCUGUCCGUGUCGCUCCCCGUCACCGCCCUGCCCUCCUCGGUGGGCGGCCGCCGCAGCCUGCAGCAAAGCACCCAGACCAUCACCCUCGCCUUCGUGGUCAUCUACCUAGUGGAGGUGCCCCUGCCGCCCUCGCCGCCGCCGCGGGCGCCCAACCCGCCCGGCGUCAUGGAGCCGCCCUCGCCGCCGCCCUCGCCGCCCGCCGCGCCGCCGCACCCGCCGCGCUCGCCUCCGCGGCCUCCCGUCAACCUCACCGCUCUUGCCUCAGCCGUGGGCGCCAGCGCAGUGUACCAGGUCUUCCCGCCGCCGCCCUCGCCGCCCUCACCGCCCUCGCCCAUGCCACCCAGCCCGCCGCCCUCACCGCACCCGCCGCCGCUGCCGCUGGCGGACCGCAUCACGUCCGUCCGUUUCUCCCGCAUGGAGGCCGCGGGCGCGCUUGGCAGCAACAAGCGUGUGGUGUGGUGGACCGACGGUGACUUUGAGUCCCAGCGCAAGGCCGUGUGGAACAGCCCGCUCAACCUGGUGUGGCGCGGCAAGGCCGCCUGCGGCAAGUGCGGCGCCUGCGGCCGCGCCUGGAAGCCGCGCGGCGACAAGUUCUCGGUGCAGCUGUUUUUCCGCGAGCCGGUGCAGCUUGAUGAGAUCCGCAUCCGCCAAGUGUGGCAUGCCGGCGUCACGGAGGUGCGGCUGUUGGCUUGGCCGGCCGUGGACGCCGUGAACCGCGUCUCCGACGUCUUCCUGGGCGAGCCGGUGCUGCGCCAGACCGCCGACAACACCACCUGCAACACCUGGCUCACGGUAGCCAUCCCGCAGGAGCGCGCCGGCACCAACCAGACCGUGCGGCCCAUCGGCUCACAGGACGCCAUUCCGCCGAAACUGCGCAGCAGCACUGUGGGCGGCGUGGUGAUCACCACACGCACGGCGGCCACGGUUCGUGCCGGCACCUGGAUCGACGCCGUGGAUUUCAGCGGGCGUGUGCUCUAUCCCAACGACCCGGCUGCGUAUGCCGCGUAUGCGCCGGGCACGGGUGGCGGUGCGACCAUUGGGCGCCGGCGGUAGUAACGCCUCUGGGCGUGGCAGGGUGCCUUGCAGUGCAGCAUGGGAGGGGUAUGUUCUUGGGUGCUGCGAGUGCCGGUGUACCUGGUUUGGAUUCACCACGACACGGCAGGCACUUGUAACGUGGGUUUGGCUGGAUCGGUAGGCGCCAAGUGCCUGUGGGCAUUUGGAUGCGUGUGUGGUGUGUGCGCUUUGCCAUGCUGUGAUUGCUGUUUGUCGUGACGUGCGAUGUUGGCAGUUUAAACUGACGUUCUAACUUUCCAGCAGAGCUAAUAGCGCGCAACCGUUGGUUCAGUGGUGAUGCUGCGAAUGGAGCAGCAGCUGACACUAUGGGGCAAUGACGGCGCGCACGUGUGUGAGAGCCCUUUGGCAUGCUAAAUUACUUAUGUACCUCAAGCAUAGAAACGAUCAAGGCCAGGAUGAAGAAGACUGGUCCAUCCAUUCUGGUAUUCCAUUCCAUUGAUUUGCAAAUAAUUUGAGAUAAGACUUGCUUAGCCAUGACACACGCAGGCAGCUGGGUAAGCGGUGCGACAGGUUGUGGCUUUGGUUGGGGAGGGGCCGGGUGCCAGCCAGUGCAGGCUUUGACAAUGCGGGACUGGGGCGUUGCGUUGCACGCACAGCCUCGGCUGGAAGUGGAGUGUGUCGAGGGUUCCUGAUGCAGUAUCUCCCUAUCUGUGAACUCACGAUCACUUGGAAGCAUUCCGUGCCGUGCCUGGAAUCGUGCUACCGAAGAUGCUUUAAGGAACAUAAUGCGCACGGUGCUAAAGCAUGGGCGGGGGCGGGGGAAGUUCGUUGCCGUAGCUCCUAGGCAGGAGGACAUGCUAGCAGGGGCGGGGGUGAUGAGCUUUCGAUUCAUCAUGCAAGCAUGAUACUGAUGAUUUGGCUUAAUGACUCAGCAUUGGCAUUCAUUGCGGCUUUGUGGGCUAGGAUAUGGCCUCGAGGCCUGAUUGGCAUUUGGCACCCCACUUGCGGUCCCCCUUCCCUGUGCACGCUGGGGCCCGGCCCCUUUGGUUCUUCGCGUCAUGUGAAGCCGGCGCUCCAGUAAGCAGGGGAGGUGCUGAUAAGGUUAGGGGGCAAGGUGUGUGGAUGGCCCAUAGCCUUGCAGCGGAACGUGAUUCGUCAUGCCCGUGGAGGGCACUGUAAGCAUAUGCGACGGGACAGUGUCAAGGCACUGUAAGGAUAGCGGACGUGCACUAGUGGUGGGUGUGCAGCACUAGCAGCGCUGGGCCUGAGGCCGUGAGAGUCACAAGCCCUGACAGGCCUCACCCAACAACACGCGUUCCGGGUAAUUGGGUAUCUCGGUCGCAGUUCGCCCAGUUGCAAUUGGUCCGCUAACAAGUUAUUCAAUCAGGUACCUGCGUGAUGUUCAAUCUCACCAGGUUCUCUCGUUUCAUUCAAACCCACCAGCCCUGGUAUUCCAGGUAUCUUUGGGGGGGCUUUGAAGCAAGCAGAAGGGGCGCGGAGAGAGGGAAAGAAGGGCGGAAGGAGGGGGAGGUUGCAUCCGAGGUGCCAGGAGGCGCCAAAGUAAUAGAGGAAGCAGAGCACGUGGGAGCACAGGCGCAGAGGCAGCCAGAGGAAAGGGGAAGGGAGGAGAGGGACGCAUAUGACGGAGGAAGCUAUGCAGGCCAUGUGCAAGUCUACUAAAAGCCAGGG